AUGCCUGGCGGAAAGGGAAAGUCCAUUGGCGGAAAGGGCGGUUCCAAGGACUCGGCGGGGAAAGCCCAAAAGUCUCACAGCGCAAAGGCUGGUCUUCAGUUCCCCUGCGGUCGUGUCAAGCGGUUCCUGAAGAACAACACUCAGAACAAGAUGCGAGUUGGUGCUAAAGCGGCCGUCUACGUCACCGCUGUCCUCGAGUACCUCACUGCUGAGGUUUUGGAAUUGGCUGGUAACGCCGCCAAGGAUCUCAAGGUCAAGCGCAUCACGCCUCGUCACUUGCAGCUUGCUAUCCGUGGCGAUGAAGAGCUGGACACACUCAUCCGCGCCACCAUUGCUUUCGGUGGUGUCUUGCCCCGCAUCAACCGUGCCCUGCUGCUGAAGGUCGAGCAAAAGAAGAAGAGCAAGCCUGAUGUCUAA